AUGGACCCAGCCUUUACCACCGCCGCUAUGACUGCCACCAUCGCCACCUCCUCCACCGCCUCCGGCGUCCACAUGGACAGCCGCAUCUGGAGGCACCUCCCGCAAGGCCUUAUCGACCGAGUCCUUGCGUUCCUGCCGCCGCCGGCGUUCUUCCGCUUCCGCUCCGUCUGUAAGCGCUGGUACUCCCUCCUCUUUUCCGACAGCUUUCUUGAAGCCCACCUCCGCCUCUCCCCCGGCCUCCCCUGGCUCGCCUUCUUCCUCCUUCCCCCCCGUCCUCCCCUCCUCUACUCCCCUUCCGCAGCCGGCCCCCCUCCUCCCCCCGCUGCCCUCCUCCUCCUCGAUCCCGCCACUCCCGCCUGGUUCCGACUCCCACUCUCCCCACUCCUCCCCCGCGGCUUCUCCCCCGCCGCCUCCUCCGCGGGCCUCCUCUGCUUCCUCUCCGACGAUCCCGGCGCCAAGUCCCUCCUCCUCCUAAACCCUCUCCAAGCUCUCCUCCCACCUCCCCCCUCGCCCACCCCCCGCCUCUUCCCCUCUGUCGGCCUUGCGGCCGGCCCCUCCUCUCUCUCAGUCGUCCUCGCGGGCGACGAUCUCAUCUCUCCCUUCGCCGUCAAGAACCUCACCGCCGAGUGCUUUCAUGCCGACGGCGCCACUGGCUUCUACUCCCCUUGGGCCACCGCCAGCGCACUCCCCCGGCUGUGCAACAUCGACCCCGGCCGCAUGGCCUUCGCCGCCGGCCGCUUCUACUGCAUGAGCUGCGGGCCCUUCGCCGUGCUAGCCUACGACGUCGCCUCCAACGCCUGGUGCAAGAUCCAGCCCCCCAUGCGCCGCUUCCUCCGCUCCCCGAGCCUCGCCGAGUGCGGCGGCCGCGUCCUCCUGGUUGCCGCCGUCGAGAAGAGCAGGCUCAGCGUGCCUCGCAGCGUCCGUCUCUGGUCACUGCAGCCGUGCGGCCGCGCCUGGGCCGAGGUCGAGCGGAUGCCGCAGGAGGUCUACGUGCGGUUCAGUGAGGCAGAAGCUGGCCGGGGAUUCGAGUGUGUCGGGAAUGCCGAAUUCAUGGCCAUCACCAUUAAAGGAUCUACUGACGUCCUCCUGUUUGAUUUCUAUCGCAAGGAAUGGCGGUGGGCGCCACCAUGCCCGUUCAUCCGCGGCGCCGCCGCUGGUGGAGGCCUUCGAGGAUUCGCAUACGAGCCCCGCCUCGCAACACCUGCCAUCGGCCUCCUCGACUCAUCGUCAUCCAUGCCCUUCCAGGGUUUCAGUGGCUAG